AUGGCGGCGCCCCUACUUCUCGGGCGCAGGGCCGCCGCGGGUGCGGCCGCCCCCGUGCGCGCGCCCCGGCCGUUGGCCCUUGCAGCGGCAUGCCCGGGGGGGACGAGCAGGGUGGAGAUUGCUAGGAGCCUGCGGCCGGCGCGUCGCCUGGCGCGGCGAUCGGCGGCCGAGGAGGGAGCAGGCUUGAGCACAGCUGACAAUGACGACAAGCAGGAAGAGGAGGGGGCAGGUGUCCCAGGCAAUGGAAGCAGCGUGGUUGAAUCGACAUCUCAAUACACGGGACCUGGAGCAGAUGUGCUGCAGAAGGCGAGAGAUGCAUUGGCAGAGGGAACGGCAGAUGCUGCUUUCCUGGAGUCCCUUUUGCCUCAAUUGGAGACUGAGCUCAGCAGUUUGGCAGAGGCAGACGGUGCUGCUGAGGAGAAGUCUUCGCAGCUGGAGGCAGAGCUGCAGAACAUGAACGACAAGUAUCUUCGGUUGAGUGCAGACUUUGACAAUUUCAAGAAGCGAUCGGCGGCGGAACGUGAUCGGACGCAGCAAACUGUUAAAGGCGACAUUGUGACACAGUUUCUGCCCCUGGUGGACAACUUCGAGCUGGCCAAGUCUCAGGUCAAGUGCAACACAGAGGAAGAAGAGAAGAUAAACAACUCUUACCAGGGGCUGUAUCGUCAGAUGGUCGACGUGUUCAAGGCCCUGGGCGUGGAGGCCGUGGACGCCGUGGGGCAGCCCUUCGACCCCAACGUCCACGAGGCCGUAAUGAGGGAGCCCAACGACGAUGUUCCCGACCAGACGGUGCUUGAGGAGUUCCGGCGGGGCUUCGCCUUGGGUGAUCGACUCAUAAGGCCUGCAAUGGUCAAGGUGUCCGCUAGUGAAGCCCCUGCACCGAAUGCUGGCGAGGGUGACGGAGAGGACGACACAGGCUCUGAGGCUGACGCCGAGAAGCCUGUGGCCGGUCCCAACGACAGCGUCGAAGACCAGAAUAAGGAAGAGCAGACCACAGGCUGA